AUGGCAGCUGAGAACCAGACCCAGGUGACAGAGUUCCUGCUCCUGAGCUUUCAUGGCCAACCUUUCCUCUUCAUCCUUUUCCUGCUCAUUUACCUGGCCACGCUGCUGGAGAACUCUGCCAUCCUCGCCCUAGUGUCCCUGGACCCCCACCUCCACAGCCCCAUGUACUUCUUCCUCAGCCACCUCUCCUGCUUGGACCUCUGCUACUCGUCGGUGACGGUGCCCAAGAUCCUGGCCAACUCCCUGCGCCCUCAAGCCACCAUCUCCUACAGCGGCUGCCUGGCCCAGAUGUUCUUCCUGAUGUGGUGCGCCGGCACCGAGUGCGCCCUGCUGGCCCUCAUGGCCUACGACCGCUACGCCGCCAUCUGCCAGCCGCUGCGCUACGCCCACCUCAUGCGCCGCGGGCUCUGCGUGGCGGCGGCCGCCUCCUGCUGGCUCUGGGGGAUGCUGGACUCGGCCCUGCACACCCUGCUGGCCUCCAGGCUCUCCUUCUGCGGGGCCGCGCGGCUGCAGCACAUCUUCUGCGACGUGCCUCCGCUGCUGCGCGCGGCCUGCAGCGACACGCGCCCCAGCCGCCUGGCCCUGCACGCCGCCAGCCUCUUCGUGGGCCUCAGCCCCUUCCUCACGGUCCUCGCCUCCUACCUCCGCAUCCUGCUGGCCGUCCUCAGGAUGCCCACGGCCACCAGCCGGCGCAAGGCCUUCUCCACCUGUGCCGCCCACCUGGUGGUGGUGGCCCUCUACUUCGUGACGGCCAACCUCAACUACAACCGCUCCAGCUCCGGCGCCUGGCCGGUGGUCGACACGCUGGUGUCGGCGCUCUACUGCGUCCUCACCCCCAUGCUGAACCCCCUCAUCUACAGCCUGCGCAACCAGGAGGUGCGAGGCGCCCUGCGGAAGGUGGUGGGGGCACAAGGCACCCUGAGGCUCCAUUCCUGA